GUUGAGCCAUAAAGCCAGGCCCGCUCAGGGGUGAGUGGAGCUGGGUCUGGGCAUGAAGGGGGUGGGGCAGGUGGAGUAGGGGGGGCCCUUAUCUCCUGCUGAGCUGGUGGUGCUGGUAGAUCCAGUUGCAAGCUCUUUGUGACUGAAAGGGGAGCCCACGCCUGCUCACAGCCACCACCUGCCUCCCUGCUGACUGGUCCGUGUUAGGCCAGUAACGCGAGCCCCAAGGAGGGAGCCGCAGAGCACCCUGGGUCCUCCCCACCCCCGGCCACCCUCUGGCUGGACACAGCCACCCAGCAGAGCAGAUGCAGGCUGCCGCCCCUGCGUACCUCCCCCAGCAUGCUGCCGCCACAGGGUCCCCGGGCCUCCGAAGAGGGCACAGCCUCUGGGCCCCAGCGAGGCGACUGCGUCAUCUGCUACUCGGCCUAUGACCUCACCAGGCACCUACCCCGCCGCCUCUACUGCGGCCACACCUUCUGCCAGGCGUGCGUGCGGCGGCUGGACACGCCAGCCCACGAGCAGCGCUGGAUCCCCUGUCCGCAGUGCCGCCAGAGCACGCCCGUGCCCCGCGGAGGGGUGGCCAUGCUGGACCUCGACCUGGCUGCCUUCCUGGCCGUCAGGGCCGAGCGGGAGCCUCCUCGCCCGGAACCCCAGCCCCCCACGCCCAUCAAAGGCAGCACCACCACCACUCAGCAGCCGGCCGGGCUCUGCCCCUCCUUGAGCCCCCAGCCCCACUUCCCCCAGCCCCGAUGCUGCUGCUGGGGCUGCAGCGGCCUCUGCUGGGACCCCCUGGGCAGCCCCGAGGUCUGA